GUUGGCAGGCAGAGCCCGAGGGUGGUGCCGUACCCAGCCCACAGUCUAUGUCCUGGAGAGCCUCGCCUUCAGAGUGCAGCAGUUGUGUCAAUGGGCUCAGCUGAUCAUCGACUGAACCUGGCAGAGAUCCUUUCACAGAACUAUGGUGUACGGGAAGAAAGGGAGGAAGAAGAUGAUACUCAGGAGAAGCAGAAAUCUUUAGAAGAGCUGGAGAAGAGUCUUGGCGACUCUCAGAGCAGUGAAAUGCCAUUUGAGGAGCUGCUUGCACUUUAUGGCUAUGAGGCAUCGGAUCCCAUCUCGGAGCAGGACAGCGAGAGCAAUGAUAUUACUCCAAAUCUCCCAGAUAUGACUCUGGAUAAGGAACAAAUAGCGAAGGAUUUGCUUUCAGGGGAAGAAGAGGAGGAGACACAGUCUUCAGCUGAUGAUCUGACUCCAUCUGUCACAUCCCACGAUGCAUCGGACCUAUUCCCCAACCAGCCUGGCUCAAACAACUUCCUUGCUGAUGAAGACAAAGAGCCCUGUUCAUCUCCAUGUGCUUCCUCCAUGGCUGAGGAUUCCGAGGAGGAUUCCAUUCCAUCCAACGAGUGUAAGAAGGAGAUCAUGGUUGGGCCUCAGUACCAAGCCAAUGUUCCCAUCCUCCACCUAAACAGGCACGGUGAAAAAGCCUACGAGAAUGAAGAUCAGCUGCUUUGGGACCCAAACAUACUCCCUGAGAGAGAAGUUGAAGAGUUCCUGUACCGGGCAGUGAAGCGGCGAUGGGAGGAGCUGUCUGGCAGCAGCCUGCCAGAGGGAGAGACGGUGAAGGACAACGAGCAGGCCUUGUAUGAACUGGUUAAAUGCAACUUCAAUGCAGAAGAGGCACUGCGGAGGUUACGGUUCAAUGUGAAGGUUAUCCGAGAUGAGCUUUGUGCCUGGAGUGAGGAGGAAUGUAGAAAUUUUGAACAUGGCUUCAGAGUCCAUGGGAAGAACUUUCAUCUUAUCCAAGCGAACAAGGUCCGCACCCGGUCAGUGGGCGAGUGUGUGGAGUACUACUACGUAUGGAAAAAAUCGGAGCGCUACGACUACUUCACUCAGCAGACUCGUUUAGGAAGGAAGAAGUACGUCCUCCACCCUGGAGCCACGGACUACACUGACAAUGACUUGGAUGGGGGGGAAGUAGAAAACACGAGUCGUUCUCGGAGCUCCCCACCAAUUCCCUCUGCAGCUGCCUGCCUGGAUUCUCACUUCGGUCAAGAUCAGAUAGCCAUAGAGAGCACAGAGCCCCUGAGCGUGGAGAGCACAGCCUGCAGCCUGGGCAGCAUAAGCGAGUCGGGGCAGGGCUACGAGUGCAGCACUCCUUCGGAGACGAAUUGUUCCUUCGACCCCACGGAGGAGACGUCAUCAGGUGCCAUCUCGGCUUCCUGCACGCAACAUGCUGUCACCCCCUUGGAACCGGGGCUCCAUGCUCUGCCGCCAGCAAGACCAGGACUAGCAGAGAAGCCGGAGACGUUGCAGAGCUCCGGUGAGACGAUAAACAUGGACUUCACUCUCCCUGCAGACAUUAACGAGGGUUUGCCUUUAAUUGCUGGCCCUGUGGAUUUGGACAGAGACCCAGAGACAGUGGUGGCCCCUGCGCAAGUGUCCUUAUCGGUCACAGAUUUUGGCCUCAUUGGCAUCGGAGAUGUAAAUAGUUUUCUGACUGCUCAUCAGGCUUGCCCAGCACCUGUGGCUCGGUCAGAGCCUUUGUCGCAGUGA